CAUCAAUCCUGCUAAGUAUUGAGUUCCAAAGCCACUACAAGUAGCACAGCUAGUACCAGUUAUUUUUGACGACGUAAGUUGUUGGCUGCGGCAGGUGCCAGACUGUAGGUGAAAUCCAAAGUACAGGAAAAUGCCGUCUUGGAGUCCACCAUGUCCGGCGACCGGACCAGAUUGAGCUUGGUGUCAGACCUCUCCAACCACACGACGUUUCCCUAGAGUACCAACCCACCUGUCGCACGCCCAACAAAGUAGUACCCGAUCCACCCCCAAGAACAUGUCGUCCUCCUCCUCUUCCGCCGAGGCCGGGAAGCAGGCCUUGGCCCUGCUGAAGAAGGCCCAGACGCUAUUCCAGGGAAAAACGUCUCCAGACCCCAGAGUGCUUGUCAGGCAAAUCUGCAAAGGCUGAGAAAGUUGGUUUCUCAUGCGGAAACCUUCCAUGUUGAGAAGGAAGCAUUUAUUGCGUUUGUGAUGCUCCAAUCAAAAUUAUCUCCUGGAUCUGUGAUGCUGCUGACCUAGCCAUAAAACACGACUGGAUCAAUAAUACACUACGAGGCCAAAGAACUUGUCAUGCGCAAAAACAUCAACCCAAGCUGCUUGAUUUGUCUAGCAGAUUUAUUCCCAUCUUGAGUCUGGGGUGGGGACGUAGUUUUUGCACAGGAUACCCGCCGCAGGACUACCAGGUCUGCGUCAACCUGCUCACCGACGCUAUCGCCGGAAAUGCCAGUAAGUCCAGCCACUUUUUCUCCCGCGGGAAAUGCUUCCUCGCGUUGCACCAAUACCAAAGGGCGCUGUUCGAUUUUUCCAUGGCAAUACGGCUCGACUCUGGAGGCGGAAACAGUACUACUAUAUGCUUCGAUCAGUACUGUCUUGAUGCGCACAAUAAAUUCUGGCUCUUCUAUGCAGGAGGCUAUGAUGUAGUUUUCUUGUACCGAAAUAGACUUUUCUCUUGGCCACAAAGAAGAUGCAAAACCUUUUUCCUAGAAAUCUCGAUCCAAAUGUAAAAAUGUCUGAGUCUGGAAACUUGUGAUGCUGGGUGGCAUAUCAUGAGGACGCCGCAGGUGCUGGCUCAGCAUGAGAAGUCUCUGAGCUUCUAGGUGUUGCCUAUUCUGCAUGACAAACUGCGUUUCUGCAUGACAGAAAAGUGGCGCUCUUGGGUAACGUGCACGACAGAUUUCAGAGUCAUGCCAGACACGCAUGACAAACAUGGACUCUUCCAGACCCAGACAUUUUUACAUUUGGUACUCAAUCUAAAAAAACAACAAUCAGACGUCGCGAAGCACAUCGGCUACCUAUCCUGUGUAAAAAUGUACCCACACCAUAGUUGUAAUGCAGAUUUGCAAAGACAGGAACAUUUGUCAUGCGCAUCCGCAUGAGAGCCAUUUUCAAUCGUGUUUUGGAGUUUGUGAUGCUGUAAACAGGAUGAGCAGAUGAAUCUGUGAUGCUGGUGCACUUGCUAACCUGCACUACACUGCAGAGCGCAACUUGUCAUGCGUGACUCACAAAACUCCUAGGUUUGUGUUGCAAAAUCCCCAUCCUGACUCUGGUGUGGGUACGUUUUUACUCAGGAUACUACCGGGGGUAUUGUUACCGAUCACUCGGCAGGCUACAGGAGUCGCUGAAGGAUUACAACGAGGCAAUAAGAAUCGGACAGGGUGACCACGCACAGUACUACUACGAGCGGGCACUGGUACUAAAAUAUUUACGAUUCUUUUCUUCAUCUUCAUGAUCCAGGGGAAGUUGUAAGAACUAAUGUCAUCGCAAUUUGAGAUUUGUCUUUGUCAUGCAGGAACUUAAUCGCACACGCAUAUGACCCACACCCCCCACCAGGUCUACUACGACCUCGAGGAGUAUGAAAAUUGCAUCAACGACUUCACGCUCGGGCUGGAAAAGAAGCUGAACCCCCAGCAGAGCUACAACAGCCACUUUUACCGCGGCAUCGCGCUGCGGAAGGUGAACGAACUGCAGAAGUCGGUGGAGUCGCUGAAAGGGUGUUUGGAAAUCGACGCGACCCGGUCGGAUGGGCACAACCACCUCGGUCUGUCCUACGCGCAGAUGGGCGACUACGAGGCGGCCAAGGCCGCGUUUACGGCCGCAUUAACCGCGCACCAGGAGAAGCUGAAGCAGCAGAACCAGGGCAACGAAACCGAGGAAAUAGCCGAGGAGGAUCGCGUGAUCAGUAGCAAAUAUUUAAACAACCGCGGGCUGGCCUGCUACCACCUGAGCAACUACGAAGACGCGGCGACCGACUUCACGGAAGCCAUAAGUCACUACAGCAAGGAUGCGGGAAUAUUUUUCAACAGAGGUAUUAAAAAAUACUUUUAUUGAGAUCACGAGCUGCAAUAGCAUGAACACUCGAGGAUUAUUUGCUGGUUUAUUUUUUGCAUCACAGAUUUAUUGUAGCAAUACGCAACGCACGAUGCUGGUUUUGGACAGAGUACAACUAAGCAUUCUAAUAUCGUACGAAAAAGUGUUUCACUGUAGGGAUUUUGCAAGUUUUGCGUCACAAAUUUGCUCUACAUCACAGAGAAAAUUUGCCAUGCGAGACUCCUAAGGGAAAACACAGCUAAAAACCCAUUUUCUUGCAUGUGUAGCAAGACAAACACUUCUCGGAUACAUUUUCUGCAUUACAAGUUUACAGUGAAACAGUUUUUUCUCGCGAUAUCCAAAUAAACCUUCUUUCCCCACAGGUAACGCGUAUUUCAGCAUGAAGAAGUACGACAAGUCGCUGGAGUAUGGAACUGUCAGGAUCGAAAUCGACAAAGCUGAAAUCAUUUGCAACGCAUAAAAUCGAUACGAGUUGGAACAAUCUAGUGGCGCACGACAAAUCUUUGCAGCAUUGCAACCCAAUUCGUCAUGCUGUUUGGGCGCAGACGGGCGCAGAAAACUAGUUUUGUCAUGCUACUUCAGCAACUCUAUUUCUACUCCUAAACAGGCCUACAGUCGGCCGUGCUUGCUGGCUUUCCAAUACAGGUAUUUUGAAACUUGCCUUUUACUGUGCAUCCCAAAUUUUUUCAACUUUGUCGAUUUCGACCCUGACGCCUCCACAUCGAGGACUACGAAACCGCUAUUGGCCUAUCAAAUGUAGAAAUGUCUGGGUCUGAAAGAAUGCAACUUGUCAUGCUAACUCUGAAGCAUGCAAAAAUCUGUGUUGCAUGAUUACCAAAAGUCGUCCAGUUUUGACCAAGUCGCGAGGGAGUUUCUCAUGCAGGAUAGGCAUGAGAGAGAUCGCACAGAGUCUGUCAUGCUAGGUCCUGCAUUCCAGACCUCAUGGGUCAUGGAAAAGCUGCAUGACAAAUCGCGCACUCUUCCACGCCCAGACACUUUUACAUUUGAUAUGACCACGACGAGGACAAUGCAGUUUACUAUCACCACCAGGGAUUAGCAUUCCAGGGGCUGCACGCCAUUCAACAAGCGAUCGACGCCUACCUCCAGGCUAUCGACCUGGACCCCACGCACUACCCGAGCAAGUUCCAUUUAGGUAUCAUGUACCAUGUGGACGGGCAGUACUCAAGGGCACUGGAGGUCUUCUCCGGGGACAUACCACACGACCAAGCACUGUACAAAGAAUUUUAUUUCUCAAGUGCUUGAUAUUUGCUUUUUUCAUGGCAGAGUGAAGGUUUUAUUUGUCUUGUGUUGUUCUACUUCGCACCCCUAAAACUAAUGUAUUUAGCAAUAGGCUACUUUAUAAUUUUUUUGCAAUUUUAUUUCUAACUCAGGUACGAGCGCCGCGGGCUGGUAUUCCGAGACAUGGGAAAAUACGAGCUGGCCUUGUCAGAUUAUCAAAUGUAAAAAUGUCUGGGUCUGGAAGAAUGCAGGAGUUUGUCAUGCAGAUUUUGCAUGACCCAUGAGGUCUGUGAUGCAUGACCUAGCAUCAGAGAUUUUGCGAGGGCUUUCUGAUGCUCAUACCGCAUGAGAAACGCCCUCUCCGCGUAGCACAAAUUACACCUGUUUUGCUGUUCAUGCAAUACAGAUUUUAUGUAGAUUCCAAAAGUAGCGUCACAAGUUGCAUUCUUCCAGAACCAGACAUUUUUGCAAUCCAUACAGAUUUCACUUCGGCAAUAGACCUGGAGGAAAAUGGCAGAUACUACUACCACCGGGGCGUCGUGUAUUAUUUUUGCUACUUCAUCGAUUCAUGCAUAAGUAACUCGCAAGUUUUGCUUUUGCCAUUGUAUGCAUAUGCAACUACAUCAUAAACAUGCAAUCCAAUAUCGGUGGUCAGCAAGACUAUGACACACAGAAAUAAUCAAAACCUCGCACCACGUCUCAGGUACCUCCGCAUGCUCCAAGAGACCGAGGCAAUCGCCGACUUCAACGUGGUAUGCAUUGCAAAGAUGCCUGGGUCUGGAACAAAGGUUGAGCCUGUAUUGCGUGUCUCGCAUUCCUGAAUAAAAAUCUUUAUUGCAUAAGCAGCAAAAGCACCACAUGUUUGUCAUGGAAAGUCGCAGGCUGUGAUGCGUGCUGCGCAUGAGAAUGCGACUGAAAAAUUUGUCAUGCUUCACUGCAUUUACAAGCGCACUCAAUCAUGCCCAUUCACCCUUACAAGUUUCCAGACCCAGACCCAUUUGCAUUUGAUACGUGGCUCUGCAACUGGGAGGCAAGGGCCCGAGUUUCCAGAACUGUAUCCCCCAGAAAAAGACCGACAGGUCAUAUUUGUAAUGCAAAAAUAAAUAGACAAAAAAAUCUGUAUUGCAUGCCCUAAACAGGAUGUUAUGGCCUCGCCCAUGACAGAUUUUCCUGUGUAUUUAUUUUUGCAUUACAAAUAUGACCUGUCGGUCUUUUUCUGUGGGAUAAACUGUUGCGUCUACAACGACCGGGGCCUGGCCUACCUAUCAAAUGCAAAAAUGUCUGGGUCUGGAAGGUUGGAACCUGUGAAGCUAACUUUGGACUCUAAAAAAAUCUGUAUUGCAUGACGAGCAAGAGGAGUCUAGUUUGUGCUACGCGGGGAGGGCGUUUGUCAUGCGGAGUAGGCAUCAGGAAGGGUUCUGAAAAGCUGUGAUGGUAGGGCAUACAUCACAAACAAUCCUGGGCCAUACAAAAUAUGCAUGACAAACCUGGCAACAUUCCAGACCCAAACAUUUUUGCAUUUGAUGCUACCGGGCGCUGGGCAAUUUGUCGCGCGCCAUCGCGGAUCUGACCUUUGCGCUGCAGGAACAGGAAGCCUUGUUAGUGUCCACCGAGGUCGACAAAUCCGUGGUCAACGAGCUCGACUUCGCGCUGCCAACAAAUCUGGUCACCACAGAAUACUUCGCCAACCGCGCACAGUGCUUCGUCGAGCAGGGUCUCUACGCCCGGGCCGAGUAUCAAAUGGAAUAAUAUCGAUCUGGGUGUGCUGGAAGAUGUUGAUGUAAUUGUGUUUCCAAGUGGUUGGCCAUGGCCACAAAAUCUGUAAUGCAGGGCUUCGCAUGAUAUCCAGACCCAGAUCCAUAUUUGCAAUGCAUACCGAGCAAGACUUGUCAAAAGCGCUCCAGGUGGACCCGAAGGACCCACAGUUGCUGUACAAACGCGGGAUCGCGAGGUAAUGUUGUUCAUUAUGCAUCACAACUUGAUUUCAGUAUUCUGCUUUGCAUGACAAGUUUUUACUCUUUGAAAUUUAUUUACACAUCGCGCACUACGAAUGUCGUAUAUUAUCAUGCAUCACAGAUUGAUGUCAGUAUUCUGCUUUGCAUGACAAGAAAUUUUCAUGUGAAAUAAUUAUCUGUUACACAUACAUCAAGGUACGCGCAAGAUUUCUUCCAGCAGGCGAUCGACGAUCUGACUUCGUUAUGGUGGAAAAAACGUGCGAAUUUUGUCAUGCGCUUUUCCCAAGAUCUUUCCGAUUUUCUUCCGAUCUACGCAUGACAAAUAAGCGUCGUUUUUCAAUUUCCUUCCAUACCGUUCCCUCGAACAAGGCGCGUACCCACAGAACCUGCAUAUCCCACAGAAAAGAACAGGCCACCUCCCGGGCACGACAGUUGUAUAUAAUUAUGCAAAAAGAAACGAUAAUAGGAAAUGAAUCUGUCAUGGGUGAGCCCAUAGCUGUGUGCUGAUUAUGAUAUGUAAAAAUACAAAUGUUUUUGCUUAUUUAUUUUUGCGUUACAAAUGUGCCCUAGUGCCUGUCUUUUUCUGUGGGACACUGCACGACAUCUACUACCACCUCGGUGUGUCAUUCGCAAACCUCGGAAAGCACCUCUUCGCCGUGCCGGCGUUCGACGAGUAUCCUGUGUGAAAACGUCCCCACGAGGUCCCAGACUUGACAUGCAACCCUGUAUGCCAAAAAUGUUUCUCAUGCGCAACCCCAACUACAUGAGGAGCAUUCAUUUCUCAUGCUGUCCUGGACUUUGUCAUGCUCCAAUCAGGAUAAGAAGCGAGAUUUGUGAUGUAACUUCACUCGCUAUAACCAUGACUACAUUAGACAUUCACAUUUGCCAUGCGCAACAGCAAAAGCUCGCAAAAUCGCCCUCUUGACUCUGGGUUGGGGACGUUUUUACACAGGAUAAGGAGGCGAUUAAGCGCGUCAAGAUGGAGGACUACCCACACUACGUGCACGAGAGGGCAAAGAGCGAACAGGUGAUGAUGUGUUUCUGUUUGAGGCGGAAUUUGUCAUACAGGAACGAGAGCUACAACAAGAUCUUGUCAUCCUCAUGCGGAGUAGAAGUAGAACCAUACUAUGAUUUAUUUCGACUAUUCGAUAAAAUGGCAAAUGCAACUCUAAGCUGAUGCCUACUUCCCAGGUCAUCGGCGAGCACGAGAAGGCGCUUCGCGACUUCUCCAAGGUGCUGGAAGCGCAGCCGAACAACGCCCGGGCAUACUUCCGUCGCGGUUUCUCCUUUAUCAAAUGCAAAUAUGUCGGGGUCUGGAAGAGUCGGGGUUUGUCAUGCACAUUUUGCAUGACCCAUGGGGUCAGUGAUGCAGGUCCUAGCACCACAGAUUUUUUGAGGGCUUCUUGAUGCUAAUCACGCAUGAGAAAUGCCCUUUCCGCGUGCCAAGAAUUGGACUCUUCUUGCUGCUCAUGCAACACAGAUAUUGUUAGAAUCCGCAGACAGCAUUACAAGUUCCACUCUUCAGACCCAGACAUUUUUGCAGUGGAUAUCCUUCAAGGCACUACGAUUUUACGAGGAGGCGGCGGAAGACUUCGAGGCGGCAAAGGAGUGCGAACCGCAGGACACACGAUAUCCUGACUAAAAACGUCCCCACACCAGAGUUGUCAUGCAGAUUUGCAAUGACAGGAAUAUUUGUAAUGCGCAUCGCCAGGAGAGGCAUUUUUAGUCGUGUUUUGGAAUUUGUGAUGCUGUAAACACGAUGAGAAGAUGGAUUUCUGAUGCAGCUGGCCUUGCGAACCUGCACUACACUACGGACUGCAACUUGUGACGCGUGACCCCCAAAAGUUCUAGGUUUGUGUUGCAAAAUCCCCAUCUUGACUCUGGUGUGGGGAGGUUUUUACUCAGGACACGCGAUUUGUGGUGAACUACCGAAAGCUGCACAACGUUCAGGCCAUCAACCUCGGUCCCGCCGGCCACGAGGAUCCGAAGCCGAAGUACUAG